AAAAUCAGUAAUUGGUCUACCCUCUCCCUGUAUUCUAUCGAUGCUCGAAAACCACCACCUACACCCCUUACUUGUGCAACACCGCCCACCCCUAGCAAACUCCGGUGACGGUGGCUUGCGACCCAGAUGCAAAUUCCAAUGACGCGACCCAUCUACCACUGCCCCUUCGCCUUCUCCGAUAGCUCCAAAUGUUCGUUUCCAUAUCUGCAAACCAGACCGUUACACACAUCCAAUACCUUACCAAAAAACCCAGACCAAAGAAUAAAAAAAAACGCAAAUCAGAGAGGAUCAUCUUCUGGGUUUUCGAUUUGCACCAAGAGGGGUCUUCUAGGAUGGAGAGGCAUUUGGAAAAAAUCGAUGAACGGUGGUUUGGUGGUCAGCGGUGAAGGGUCAUCUGGUUAAGGAAGAAGAGGUGAGGGUGGGGGAGAUGAAGGUGGUUGGCGGCGAAUACUGGUUGAGAACGACGAUGGUGGUGAGUGACGAUGGCGUCAUCUUCUAUGGCAGUGGUGGUGGCGGCUGAAACCCCUAAUCAUUGAAAAAUGGAGGUGGUGGUAUUUGGGUAGGGACAACUCCAAUCAGAAGUGGUGCUGGUGGGGAAAUUUCAUUGAGGUCUGAGGAAAGAAAGAUGGGUGAGGAUGGGAUUAGUUGUUUAUAGUGGAUGGUGGUGGCAGCCGGUGGUGAUGGUGGCGGACGGUGUUAGUUGUUGGUGGUUGCAAUCGGUGGUGAUGGUGGCAUCCAUUAGUGGUGAUAUGUUUCUUGAGUGUGUGUGUGUUUCUUGAG